AUGGCUACAACCCAGCUGUGCUUGGGUUCGUUCCGGAACCCACACUCAGAGGAAGACUUUCGAUUGUGUGGCAAAGGAUUGCACAACGGUUGUCCAACGGCGAUCUCUGAACCAAGGCGGAAUAUUUCGGGAUUCUCAGGAGUCAGGAUUCGCCGUUCCACGAGAACAAAUGCGGAGCGGUUUUCCGCUUCUCGGGAACUGAUAAUGACUUUGCUUUUUGGACCCGGGCCGCUCUCUCUCCCACUCGCGGCCUUUGCCCGCGCCCCGCAGAAGAGUAGGGCCCCUCAGCCGGUGUGCUGCCCUCCACGUCCUCCUCCCAGCAAACGGAUCGCGACCCCUCCUGCCCGAAGUCACCGGCAGCGACCCCGGCCCGCGCAAAACGCGGGAGACCCCGCGGAAACCGGCGAGGAACCGUCCCCGCCCCGCCUGCCUCCGAGGUCCAUCCGCCUCCCCAUUACGCUGCAGACGCGGCCGAGCAGCUUGGCCGGACUUCAAGCAUUCCUGCAGUUCAUUAGAAGAGAUGCCUCAUUUAAUGCCUACCUAAUGUCUGAUGCCUACAGUGACUACUUCACAGAGAUCUCCUUUGAUGAACAACUGCCAAAUAAGACAAAACAGAUCUGUUUUGAACCUAUUGUCCGUUUCUUCCUAGAACUAAGUCUGUCUGCUGGGCUCCUCCAACUAGAGCGCAGAAGAAGAGAUUUCACCUCUUCUGGGAAUAGGAAGCUGUACUUUGACACCCACGCCUUAGUGUGCUUAUUCGAGGACAAUGGGUUUACUGCGCAACAAGCAGAAAUCAUUGUGUCUGCAUUGGUCAAGAUCAUGGAGGCCAACAUGGAUAUCAUCUACAAAGACAUGGUCACCAAGAUGCAGCAGGAGAUCACACUUCAGCAAAUAAUGUCUCAGAUUGCUAAUGUGAAAAAGGAUAUGAUUAUUUUGGAGAAGAGUGAAUUUUCAGCCCUCAGAGCAGAAAAUGAGAAAAUAAAACUCGAACUACAUCAGUUAAAACAACAAGUGAUGGAUGAAGUGAUCAAAGUCCGAACAGAUACCAAAUUAGACUUCAAUCUAGAAAAAAGCAGAGUAAAAGAAUUGUAUUCACUAAAUGAAAGGAAACUGCUAGAACUGAGAACAGAAAUAAUGGCAUUGCAUGCCCAGCAAGACCGGGCCCUCACCCAGACAGACAGAAAGAUAGAAACUGAGGUUGCUGGCCUCAAAACCAUGCUUGAGUCGCACAAGCUUGAUAAUAUUAAAUAUUUAGCAGGAUCUAUAUUUACGUGCCUAACAGUAGCACUGGGAUUUUAUCGCCUGUGGAUAUAAUAAAGUGUCUAUUUAAAGAGA